AUUACCAAUAUGCCUCACAUUCACAUUCACAUUUAUAUAUAUUUGUCAAACUUCAUCAAUGCAUUUGCAUUCUUAGCUACCAUCUAAUCUCUCUCUACUUUCUCUCUCUUCUCUAAUUUGAUACUAAUAACACUGCUGCUGAAUGAAAUCACCGUCGUAGCUUCACCUCUUACUUCAUCAUUCUAAGCUGACGUAAUAACAUCGUCGUUCAAUCUACCUAGAGAGAGAAAUCCAAGAUGGAAGUGGAGUCGGUUGUUGGUGCAAAUGCAAAUUCGAAUGCUCUUCUGGACGAUGAUGGCAAAGCCAGAAGAACUGGGACGGUAUGGAGUGCGAGUGCACACAUCAUAACAGCAGUGAUCGGAGCCGGAGUGUUAUCGUUAGCAUGGGCGAUGGCGCAAUUGGGAUGGAUCUUAGGCACCACAUCUAUCUUGAUCUUUGCUGGAGUUACUCUUUACACUUCUAAUCUUCUAGCAGAUUGUUAUAGAUCGCCUCACCCAGUUACCGGCAAGAGAAAUCACACUUACAUGGAAGCUGUAAAAGCUCACUUAGGAGGAAGAAUGCAUAUGAUUUGUGGAUUGAUUCAGUAUAGCAAUCUCGUUGGAAUUGCAAUUGGCUACACAAUAACUACAUCUAUAAGUGUGGUGACAAUUGUGAAGAACAAUUGCAUGAAGAAGCAUAAUGGGAGUGAAGCUGAUUGCCAUUUUUCUAAUAAUCCAUCUAUCAUUGGCAUUGCAAUUGCUGAAAUCUUCCUUUCUCAAAUUCCUAAUUUUCACAAGCUAUCUUGGAUCUCCUUCUUAGCAGCAAUCAUGUCUUUUGGAUAUGCCUUUAUUGGCAUUGGGCUUUCUCUUACAAUCAUUAUCCAAGUUUAUGGGCAAAACAGGGCAAAGUUCAUCAGAAAAUAUUUGGAAUAUGCUUGUUGCACUUGGAAACAUUGCACUCGCUAAUUCCUAUGCUCAAAUUUCCAUAGACAUACAGGAUAGUUUAAAGUCAACACCAGCAGAAAACAAAGUGAUGAAGAUGGCAAAUAGCAUUGGAAUAAUUACAAUGAGCAUUAUCUUCCUCUUAUCUGGUGGUGCUGGAUAUGCAGCCUUUGGAGAAGACACUCCUGGGAGCAUUCUCAACACCACUGGAAAUGAACAUGUGUGGCUAGUUUAUAUGGGUAAUGUCUUCAUCAUUAUCCACAUUCUUGGAGCAUAUCAGGUACUUAUCCAACCAUUUUAUCACAUAGUGGAAUUAUUGGUGAGUCAAAGGUGGCCAAGCUCAAACUUCAUAAAUAAGGAGUAUUUUGUGGGCAUUGGCAAAAUUCAAUUUAGCAUCAAUUUAUUCAGGCUUAUUUGGAGGACCAUAUUUGUGGUGGUUGCAAGUGUGUUAGCCAUGGCAAUGCCAUUUUUUAAUGACAUGCUUGCCCUUCUUGGUGCAAUUGGGUUUUGGCCUCUAGCUGUCUAUUUCCCAAUUCAAAUGAUCAUUGUCAAGAGAAAUAUAAGAAAAGGUACCAUGCCAUGGAUUGGGCUUCAAUCUUUGAGCCUUGUGUGCAUGAUUGUUUCAAUUGCAGCAGCCUGUGCUGCUAUUCAUGGAUUGGGCCAAGCCCUUGGUAAAUACAAACCCUUUAUGUAUAAGGCCUAGUACAAGCCCAAAAAAUAGAAUAAACAAAUGAGUAAGGUGUAGUAUGCAUUCAUGACCUAUAACAAAAAGGAAUAAAUUACCAUUUGUAUCCAUAAAUAAAAGAUAUAGACAUUGACAAAUGUACCUAUAUAAGAAUAAAGCGACAAUUGUAACUACGAAAGGUGGCUUCCGUAUGCCAAAAGUAUCAUAACGGACCAAUUGCG